AUGGGUCUUGGAUUUGGUCCCAAAACGUUUGUUAACCGAAUAGACUCUCAAGGUCAAAGCAAUGGUCGUUUCUCGUACUGCCUCAGACGAGAAAGAACAAUGGGGGCCACCAGUUCAUUCAUUCGAUUUGGUGCAGAUAUAGAGCAAAGGCCCGACCUGAGCGUGACAGCAUUAAGGAGAAACAACAACAUUGUACUCUACUACAUAAACUUAAUAGGAAUAAGUGUCAAUGGCUACAGGCUCAACAUACCAGAGCAAGAAUUUGAAAUCCAAAAAGAUGGAUGCGGAGGCAGCAUAAUUGACUCUGGUGCUGCAUUUAGUCACCUUAGAAGGGCAGCACAUGACAGUUUAUUCAGAGCUUUAGAAGCCGUCUUUGCAGGAUAUAUAUGGGGCACAGUGAAAAGGGUGCCAAGUGGGGAUGUACCUUUUGAGCUUUGCAAUGAGGUGUUGAAGCAAGAAGUCUUUCAAGGCUUCCCAGUGAUCACAUUUCAUCUCCAAAACAAUGCUGACAUUAUCUUGGAUGCUGAAUCUGCUUUUCUUAUUAGACAAGUCAAUGGCUUUCUUAAUAAAUUUCAAAUGUGUUGUUAA